AUGGCGCCCAGUUUCGAUACCCUGUCCGAGCAGGACUUCCACGAGGAAGAGGAGGAGGAAAUUGAUUUCUCCGAUCUCAAGGAGCAAUAUGAAGUGAAGGUCGAGGAGGGUCUGGACACAUUUAUCGUCAUUGAUGGCCUCCCCGUUGUGCCCGCAGAUAGCCGACAAAAACUCGUGAAGUUCUUAUUGAGAAAACUCAACGCCGUCGGCAGCACCUCCGAAGAUGCGGUUUUCAUGCCCGUUAACGACAAGAACAUGACCGAAGGGUUCGCCUUUGUGGAAUACGAAACCCCCGAGCAGGCAAUUGCCGCUGUCAAGCAGCUGCACGGCGUUGCUCUCGAUAAGAAGCACAUUAUGGCUGUGAACAAGUUGAUGGAUAUCGAGCGUUAUGGUCGUGAAGGUCGGAUCGAUGAAGAAUACAAGGCACCCGUCGCAGAGCCAUUCAAGGAGAAGGAGCACCUGCGCUCAUGGAUGGGCGAUGCCAACGCCCGGGAUCAGUUCGCCCUCUACCAGAAUGUCGUUGAUCGCGCUCACUGGACACAACUUUUCGUUCAAUGGUCCCCCAAGGGUACCUUCCUUGCAUCCGUCCACCCGCAGGGUGUCCAACUUUGGGGAGGCGCCUCUUUCUCCAAGCAAAAGCAGUUCCCCCACCCCUUCGUCCAGCUUAUCGAGUUCUCUCCUCUUGAGGGCUACUUGACAACGUGGUCAGCACGCCCUAUCCAGGUCGAGGAAGGCCAGCCCAUUCUGACCUACGAGGAGGACGGCAAGAACAUCAUUGUCUGGGAUAUUGAGACCGGCAAGCCUCUCCGUUCGUUUGUGUCGCACGAUUUGGCUGCCCCUGCCGACAUUGAGGGCGAUGUCGCUCCCAAGAAGAAGGUCCAGUGGCCUGCUUUCAAGUGGUCCGCAGACGAGAAAUACGUUGCUCGCAUGCUCCAGGGCCAGUCUAUCUCUAUCUACGAACUCCCCAACAUGAAUCUCCUUGGCCGUACUUCUGUGAAGAUUGAGGGUGCUAUGGACUUCGAGUGGUCCCCCGCCACCGUCACUCGCGAGGGUGUCAAGCAGUACGAGCAAUUGCUCUGCUUCUGGACUCCCGAAAUCGGCAGCAACCCCGCCCGUGUGGGUAUGAUGAGCGUACCCUCCAAGGAGGUUGUUCGUACCCGUAAUCUGUUCAACGUUUCAGAUGUCAAGCUGCACUGGCAAUCACAGGGUGCUUAUGUCUGCGUCAAGGUCGACCGUCACUCCAAGUCUAAGAAGUCUAUGGCCACUAACUUGGAGAUCUUCCGCGUUCGCGAGAAGGGUGUGCCUGUUGAGGUUGUUGACAGCCUCAAGGAUACUGUGAUUAACUUUGCUUGGGAGCCCAAUGGAUCCCGAUUCGUCGUCAUUGCCAACGGCGAGGCACCAACUGGCGCCGCUGUCCUCCCUAAGACCUCCGUCUCAUUCUUCGCCCCUGAGAAGAAGGGCUAUGCCGCCGGUAACUUCAAGCUGGUGCGCACUAUUGAGAAGAAGACUAGCAACGGCAUUUACUGGUCCCCCAAGGGCCGAUUCGUCGUUGUCGCCACUGUUCACUCCCAGACCAACUUCGAUAUGGACUUCUGGGAUAUGGAUUUCGAGGGAGAGAAGGUCGAGGCUGAGAAGGAUCUCGCAGCCAACCUCCAGUUGAUGAAGACUGUGGAGCACUACGGUGUUACUGAUGUCGACUGGGACUCCACUGGUCGCUACGUUGUCAGCAGCGCCAGUGUGUGGACUCACUCGAUGGAAAACGGCUGGAACAUGCACACUUUCUCCGGUACUACCCUCUCCGAGAACCCCACCGAAAAGUUCAAGCAGUUCCUCUGGCGCCCGCGCCCCGCCACUCUCCUCAGCAAGGAAGAGCAGAAGCAAGUGCGCAAGAACCUCCGCGAGUACUCAAAGGAGUUCGACGAGGAGGACAAGUACGCCGUCGAUAUCGCCAACACCGCCGUUGUCGAGACCCGCAAGCGCGUGCUCAGCGAGUGGACCGCCUGGCUCCGUCGCGAGAAGGAGCUUCUGUCCGAAGAGAAGGAUGCCUUCAACCUCCCCGAGGAUGCCGAUUCACCCAAGGCCGCCACCGAUGCGCGCCCAGUUGUCGAAGACCAGGGAGAUUCCGUGGUCGAGGAGAUUGUCGAAGAAAUUGUCGAAGAGACCGAGGAGGUCAUUGGCUGA